CCUCCCCGGCGCGCUGACAGCAGGCCCGGCCCCCGCCCCGUGCCCUCGCCGGCGGGACACACCCCCAGCCCUCCUCUGCGCCGCCAGUUCCCGCCGGCCCCACCGAGCGGCAGAGAGAGCGGGCAGGCGAGCGGAGCGCGGCGGCGCGGGAGGGAAGGGGCGCGCGGCAGGCCCGCGGGAGCAGUCUGGGGCGCACGGAGCCCUCGCGCCCUCCGGGACAGUCGCCUACCCCGGAGCCGCAGCUGUAGGCGCCGGGAGCCUCGGCGGAGAGUAGCGCGUGGGGCAGGGGUGGCGUGUAACUGCAGGGACCCGGGCAACCGGAGAAGGAGCCGGAACCCGGCCGGGAUGAGAAGGUGACGCCGCCGGGGGGCGCCACUCGCUUUGUGGGGAAGAUGCUCGCCUACUGCGUGCAAGAUGCCACCGUGGUGGACGUGGAGAAGCGGAGGAGCCCCUCUAAACACUACGUAUACAUUAUCAACGUGACCUGGUCCGACUCCACCUCCCAGACUAUCUACCGGAGGUACAGCAAGUUCUUCGACCUGCAGAUGCAGCUUCUGGAUAAGUUUCCUAUUGAAGGUGGCCAGAAGGAUCCAAAGCAAAGGAUUAUUCCCUUUCUUCCAGGCAAGAUCCUCUUCCGGCGAAGCCACAUCCGUGACGUGGCUGUGAAGAGACUGAAGCCCAUUGAUGAGUACUGCAGGGCGCUUGUCCGGCUGCCGCCCCACAUUUCACAGUGUGAUGAAGUCUUCCGGUUCUUUGAGGCACGGCCUGAGGAUGUCAACCCCCCAAAAGAAGACUAUGGCAGUUCCAAGAGGAAAUCAGUGUGGUUGUCCAGCUGGACUGAGUCUCCCAAGAAGGACGUGACAGGUGCCGACACCAACGCCGAGCCCAUGAUCCUGGAACAGUAUGUGGUGGUGUCCAACUAUAAGAAACAAGAGAACUCGGAGCUGAGCCUCCAGGCCGGCGAGGUGGUAGAUGUCAUCGAGAAGAACGAAAGCGGCUGGUGGUUUGUGAGCACAUCUGAGGAGCAAGGUUGGGUCCCCGCCACCUACUUGGAGGCCCAGAAUGGCACACGAGACGACUCGGACAUCAACACCUCCAAGACUGGGGAAGUGUCCAAGAGACGCAAGGCACACCUGCGGCGCCUGGAUCGCCGGUGGACCCUGGGCGGGAUGGUCAACAGGCAGCACAGCCGAGAAGAGAAGUAUGUCACUGUGCAGCCCUACACCAGCCAGAGCAAAGACGAGAUCGGCUUCGAGAAGGGUGUCACCGUGGAGGUGAUUCGAAGGAACCUGGAAGGCUGGUGGUACAUCAGGUACCUCGGCAAAGAGGGUUGGGCACCAGCGUCCUACCUGAAGAAGGCCAAGGAUGACCUGCCAACCCGGAAGAAGAACCUGGCGGGUCCGGUGGAGAUCAUAGGGAACAUCAUGGAGAUCAGCAACCUUCUCAACAAGAAGGCGUCUGGGGAUAAGGAGGCUCCGGCUGAAGGCGAGGGGUCCGAGGCCCCCAUCACCAAGAAGGAGAUCAGCUUACCCAUCCUCUGCAACGCCUCCAAUGGCAGCGCCUUGGCCAUUCCCGAGAGGACCACAUCCAAGCUAGCCCAGGGCUCGCCAGCCGUGGCCAGGAUCGCCCCUCAGAGGGCCCAGAUCAGCUCCCCAAAUCUGAGGACAAGACCUCCCCCGCGCAGAGAAUCCAGCCUGGGGUUCCAGCUGCCAAAGCCACCAGAGCCCCCUUCUGUUGAGGUAGAGUACUACACCAUUGCUGAAUUCCAGUCCUGCAUCUCUGACGGGAUCAGCUUUCGAGGUGGACAGAAGGCAGAGGUCAUCGACAAGAACUCAGGUGGUUGGUGGUACGUGCAGAUCGGGGAGAAGGAGGGCUGGGCCCCAGCCUCAUACAUUGAUAAGCGCAAGAAGCCCAACCUUAGCCGCCGGACCAGCACUCUGACCCGGCCCAAGGUGCCGCCGCCCGCACCCCCCAGCAAGCCUAAGGAGACCGAGGAGAAUCCUGUGGGUGCCUGUGAGAGCCAGGGCUCCCCACUGAAGGUUAAGUAUGAGGAGCCCGAGUAUGACAUCCCUGCCUUUGGCUUUGACUCAGAGCCUGAGAUGAGUGAGGAACCCACAGAAGACAGAGGUUCAGGUGACAAGCGUCCCGCCCAGCCCCGACGGGCCUCGCCUGCCUCUUCCCUGCAGCGGGCCCAUUUCAGGGUGGGUGAGUCUUCUGAGGACGUGGCCCUGGAGGAGGAGACCAUCUAUGAGAAUGAGGGCUUCAGGCCAUACACAGAAGACACCCUGUCUGCCAGAGGCUCCUCUGGGGACAGUGACUCCCCUGGGAGCUCCUCUUUGUCCCUUGCCAUGAAAAACUCCCCUAAAUCAGAUUCUCCCAAAUCCUCAUCACUCCUAAAGCUCAAGGCAGAGAAGAAUGCCCAGGCAGAACUGGGGAAAAACCAGUCCAACAUCUCCUUUUCCUCCUCCAUCACGAUCAGCACCACCUGUUCUUCCUCUUCUUCCUCCUCCUCCUUGUCCAAGAAUAAUGGUGACCUGAAGCCACGUUCUGCCUCAGAUGCAGGCAUCCGUGACACCCCUAAGGCCGGGACCAAGAAAGAUCCUGAUGUGAAGGCCGGGCUGGUCUCCUCCACCCGAGCCAAGCCGUCUGUCCGACCAAAGCCAGUCCUGAACCGAGCGGAGUCUCAGAGCCAGGAGAAGAUGGACAUUAGCUCCUUGCGACGACAGCUAAGGCCCACAGGCCAGCUCCGGGGGGGCCUCAAGGGCUCUAGGAGUGAGGACUCAGAGCUGCCUCCACAGAUGGCUUCUGAGGGGUCCAGGCGAGGCUCUGCAGAUAUCAUCCCUCUCCCGGCUACCACUCCCCCGUGCAUCCCCAAAAAGGAAUGGGAAGGGCGAGGCACCACCUACGUGACGUGCAGCGCCUAUCAGAAGGUCCAGGACUCAGAGAUCAGCUUCCCCGAAGGCGCCGAGGUGCACGUGCUGGAGAAGGUGGAGAGUGGGUGGUGGUACGUGAGGUUUGGGGAGCUGGAGGGCUGGGCUCCUUCCCACUAUUUGGUGCCUGAGGAGAACCAGCAAUCUGACAUAGCUAGCAAAGAAGCAGACACAGAAAAGAGCUCGCAGAACGAGGGCAAGUCAGACAGCCUGGAAAAGAUCGAGAAGCGUGUGCAGGCGCUCAACACUGUGAACCAGAGCAAGAGGGCCACCCCGCCCAUCCCCUCUAAGCCUCCCGGGGGCUUCGGCAAGACCUCGGGCACUGUAGCGGUGAAGAUGAGGAACGGGGUCCGGCAAGUGGCCGUCAGGCCCCAAUCUGUGUUUGUGUCUCCGCCGCCCAAGGACAACAACCUGUCCUGUGCCCUUCGGAGGAACGAGUCGCUAACGGCCACUGACAGCCUCAGGGGUGUCCGCAGGAACUCCUCCUUCAGCACCGCGCGGUCAGCAGCCGCCGAGGCCAAGGGCCGCCUGGCCGAGAGGGCUGCCAGCCAGGGCUCAGAGUCACCGCUGCUGCCUACCCAGCGCAACGGCAUCCCUGUCUCCCCCGUGCGUCCUAAGCCCAUAGAGAAGUCUCAGUUUAUCCACAAUAACCUCAAGGAUGUAUAUAUCUCCAUUGCAGACUAUGAGGGGGACGAAGAGACGGCUGGCUUCCAGGAGGGGGUGUCCAUGGAGGUGCUAGAGAGGAACCCCAAUGGCUGGUGGUACUGCCAGAUCCUGGAUGAGGUGAAGCCCUUCAAGGGCUGGGUACCCUCCAACUACCUUGAGAAGAAGAACUAACAGCACAGGGUCCUUCCAGACUCAGCGUGCUGCUUUGGCUGCCACCGGAUGAAUGGUGGCACGCCAGACACGGGGAUGGACAAGAUGGGAGGGGGGAGGGGGAUGACAGCAUUGAACCCUGCAGAACAUGUGACCCCCCAAUACACCCUCCAGCUGGAAGGGAGGGUGUGAUGGGCGUGCACACUUAGGAGAAAGGGGACAGCAGGAAUGCCCUGGGCCCGGGAUCCCCACAUGCACGUUGCAUGCGGACGGACCGUAUGUCAUUUAGCCCAGGCCAUGUGGGAAAAGCCUAAUCGUGCCUUGCUGCAGAUCUGGAAAAGAUGUCAUGAGGUGCCCUGGGUCCUGCCCUGCUCAGCCACUUCCAUGGCUGGCUUCUCGCCUCUGGAAGCCAUCCUUGCGUUGCCCUCAUGAUGUAUUGGAGAUUGGGUUGGUCUCUAGUCCGCCACCGACCACUGGCGGGCGUUCUGGAGAAACACCAGCUCCGGGCUUUGGCAGCGUCUCCAAAGAGCUCAGCCCUUUCUGGGGCCAGGCCACAGCCUGUGUUUGGUUUAAAAGAGUUCCCAGGUGCCAACAAGGACUGUCUCCUCUUGCUGUGCUGGCUUGGCUUGGCAAGGAGAGUUGCCCUCCUUGGGGCACGUGGAGGACAGGGUGGGAGUUGGCCUAGAGGAUGCGAGUCUCCUCCUAAUCUAGAGAUUGCUCGAGGAUUUCCAGGUAGGCAGUUCCUUCUGCAUGUUUGGGAAAGGGUUAUCGGUUGGAGGUUAUAUAUCAGGCGUUUGGUUUGGGGUUUAUUUUAGAAGUUGUUUGGGGGCCCAAGGGGCUCAGCCUCACAUAGGAUACGGGGUUGUGGUGGGUGGGGUUUCCAUUGAAUUCCAUGGAGGGAUGUUUUAUUUGGGUUUUGGUUUAAUGUCUUUUGCCUUUCCAUAAACCAGAUUGUUUCUUUAGGUUUCCACUGUGUACACAGUGCCCGAGCAUGGCACCUCAGCAGGGAGUUUGGGACUGGGUAAAGCCAAGUCCCCGGCUCGGUGAAACAAAGUGUUCAGGUUCCUGCCCAAGAGGGAAAGAGGGCAUUGUUAGAAGCCAGCCUGCUGGGUGGCUAAUCUGCCUACUUCUGCCCACUUUUUCCAACCUGGGCAGAGGGGACCCUGGCUGGAUCAGCCUGGAGCGGACUGCCCGCUGUGUCCCUAGCCUGCUGACAAGGUACCCAAGAAGAUGGAGGACUUUGAAGCCAGGAGCCAACCCUAUCUUCCUGAGGGGCAGCGCCCCCGGGUAACAGAGAAGCAAAAGAGUGGAGUGGAAACCGUCCUCUGUCUGCUUUGGGUUGUGAGUCAGUGGUUGACAUUUCAGAGGGGACCCUCCGGAGAGAAGCCUGCAGUGUCCUUCCAGGACUCCUGUCAAGCCAGUGGUGGAUGCCAUAUGUGCCUUUGACUUGGAACAAAUCCUGUCUCACAGCCUGUGGCUGAGCUGCCAGCAUUUCCUCUGACCAAGGGCUGCUGGUUCCAACAGAUGCGGGAGGAAGCGUUGCCCCUCACUGCUCCUCCCAGGCAGGUCUGCCUUCAGCUCCCAACCCUAACCUCCUGGCUCCCCAAGCCAUGUUCUUUCCACAGGAGGAUGCAACCCGCUAGCCUCCUCUGUCAAAAGCCCAUGGUGGUGACAUUGCUCUUUUUCCUUUUCUGUGUUCAUGAGUUUGUUUAAAAUUGAAAUUAGUUAAUUUUCUUCUGCUGGACAGUAUUAAAUAGAGAGGGGUUGUUGAGUUAAUCUGCUAGAUUGCAGUACUAAUGGUAGUGGUAUAGUGUCUUCAUGAUAUUAUUUGUACUUAUUUGAACAAUAAUGAUAAAGAAGUGGUUCAUUAUUUCUUAAUUAAUGCACUUUAACUAAGGCGGAAUGGAAAGAAACCCGGAGAGCAAAGUGCAUUACUUAAAGAUGCAGUAUAUACUCUUCUCAUUUUAAAACAGCACAUAUUUAUUAAAAGAGGAAAAAAGUAAUUUAUGACUAUUUAAAAUAAAAUUUAAAGUAGAGUGGCUGUCAGGUGAGAGGACCUUCGACGUUGGGGUCUGCCAGGGGGAGGGUCCACAGCCUCACUGCUCAGAUGUUCACAUUGAGCCAGCUCCAGGAUUAGUGUGCCCGCCCACCUGCCAAGCACAGAGCAUCUCAGUUGGACUGGACCACCGGGAUCCCCAGAGCCAGCCUUUGCCACCUCCCCUGUCCUUGCCACAUCCCAAAGACCCUCUCACAAUCCCCUGUGUCCUGAAAUCAUAGAUCCUUAAAAGUGGGACGGGAAGGGCGGGGGACCUUAGAGGUCACUCCAUCCUAUCCUUUCGUGUUACUUUAGCCCAAGGACAGGAAAUGACUUUCCCCAAAUUGCCAAACUAAUGGCAGGUUCCUGCACUGCAUUAGUACUGUGUCCCCACACCCCCCACCUCUAGUUUAUUGUGUGGUCAUUGUGUUUACAUUGUAACAUCCAGCCCCAGGGAUGGCUGGGAGUUGCUCAGGCAUCUGGGGAAAGUGGGGAAUGUCGCCACCUAGCGUCAGGAUGUAGACUUGGGCAAGGAGUCGUCAUAGCCAAGGUCCCUCACCACCAAACCCAUCAGGGCACAACACAAACCCUGCCAGCCCCAAGAAUACUUGAAACAAGAAGGGUGCAUGCCAGGCCUUCCCAGACAUGGCCAAGAGAUGCCAGGCAAUGUGUCCCUGGAUCCUAGCCCUCCCCAGGCGAGAGGGCUUUUCCCUAGAGCUAAUGAGCUGCUUUGUGAUAUUGGACAGACCACAGCAGCAGAGGGAAGGGCCUGGGGCUCUGACCCAUCUAGAGGAAAACCAGAUCGGACUAAAAAGAAGUGGAAUCUCAGACACGUCCAAACCUAGUUUUCCAUUUGUUAUGAUUGAAAAUGUGAAAUGACAUUGUAUUGCUGUAUACUGCAACUUUAAUGAGAAUGAGCCCUUCUGAGGUCAUUGUUGAGGUUUAUAUAAUGCCCGAAGAUGCAGCAUUAAGUGCUUUAUUCUCUUUCAGUUUAAAGACCCUUUUCUUGUAUCAUAGGGGUGGAGGGAAAAGUCUUCGAACCUUAUCCUUUGUCAGUAGCAGGCCUGGCUACACUGCCUGGCUCCUCUGUGCUCUCACAGUCGGGAGCAGGAGGGAGCUGGUAGUGGGGUGUCCAUCAGCAGCAGGUUCCUGUUUGCUCCCCCCCAGGCUCCCUUCACAACUGGGGUUCUGUCUGCAGAGGCCUCACUCUCUCACCCCAAGCCUGGCCCCCAGGGUUCCUCUUUCUCACUCCUAAUGGACGAAGGCAUUAUAUAGAGCCCUCGUAGGCACUUUGAGAUGUUAGAGAGUAUUUUACUGGCAUUUAUACCCUUUGCUUCCCCAGCAAGGCAUGUUACGGCGUCUAUCAUCUAAGGAAAAAAAGACAAGGGAAUUUCAGUCAAAUGUUAUUUUCAUAUGACUAGUACUUGCAGAGUAGAUGUAGAGUUAUUUAAGUUGUAGUGUUCUGUUUUUAGGAAGGGGUGGGGACCAGGUGAAAUCACCCCUACUUUUCCUGGGUUUGACUAAUAUAUAAUUUCUUUCAGGCUACUCGAGUCCCCUGUUCCCUCCAAAGACUUUGCAUUCUCAAUGGAAAACAAUCUGAGACAGGACAAGUGCAAUAUUACCAAGAGGGAUUUGGGACAGUGGAGACCCUGUUGAGUCUGUCUGCAGAAAAUGGGAGGAGUCGUGGGAGGUAGCCACCCGAGGACAGCCCAUCAGUGUUGUCCACCUAGAAGGGUGUGCACGGUGCUCUUGACCUCCUGGGCCGGUCCCCAGAGCAGAAUGAGGCUAUCCACUCCCGUGCUCCUGUUUUGCAGUCAGCUGCUCAGAGAGACCGGCAGCCCCUCGCCCCAGCCUCCUGAUGUGUGUGGGCUAUGAAGCUUUGGAUGCGAGCUUGAGUCUUUCUAAAACUGUAAAACCUCAGUUUAGCUUGUGGACAGGAAUCCUGGCCGUAAGCAGACUCAUCUGGAAGGUGGGUGCUGUAAGCCUCACUUAACCCAGUGAGAGCCAGUUCCUACAGGCCUGCAGUAGGCCUGGGGCUGAGUCCCGGCCACCCAUUCAUCUCAGUGACUUGGGCAAAAGGCAUGAGCCUGCCUCUAAUAACAGGAACUCCUGAGGCAGGUGCACACGAGCAUCCUUUCUCAUGCAGCAAGGAAAAUAGGCAAGAAAAGAUGGCUUCUUGGGGGGUAAGGAGCAAGUUCCAGAACUUGGCUCCCCAGGAUAGCAAGCACGGCCUUGCUGGUAUGUCCCAUUUAUAUAGUACUGUAGGCCUGCUGCUCUGACCCACCUUGUGUGAAUUUCUAUACAGAUAGGGAGAGGGACCGGGCCCCUUUUGGGGUCUCUCCCUUGGAAUAGAUAUGGCUGCAUAGCCGAUCAUUAGAAUAUCCAUGCAGCUUUCUGGAAAGACAACAGUCCACAUCACUAACCAAUUAAGAUUCCCUCACUUUUUUGAGGGCUGAGAAAGUGUGUGUGUGUGUGUGUGUGUGUGUGUGUGUGUGUGUGUGUGUGUGUGUGAUGGUUGUCAUUUCCAUAAGCAUAGAAAGUCCAUGAGUGUAUAUGUGUGUGUAAGGAGAGACUGGUGGUAAUUUUCCACUUGAAUUAAAUAGCAUGGGGUUAGAGAGAAUGAAUACCGGGCAGGCAGUCUCCAUUGAACUAGUCCUUGGCAUUGGGCAGGUCCCAAGGGACGCGCAGCUUCUGGCAACAUGUGUGUCAUUCACACGAUUCUGGCUGGAGAGUGCAAUGUGUCUUUAAAUUUUUUUUUUAAUUAUUUUAUUUAGUUGGAAACUUCACACUGGUAUUAACAGAGCUAACAGAAGCAGCCCAGGCAGGCCAUGGUCCUGGGCACCAAGAUGAAGACAUGGAAGAGAUAACCGUUGUGUAUGGAAGUGCUGAAGUGAUUAAAUUAGGGCACCCACCUGCAUCCUACCCUUGGCAUGAGACCCCCAGGGAUCCAUGAGCUGCUGGGUCACAGUUUGUUUCUGAAGGACAGGUAGGCUGGCAGGUCAGGUGUGCUCAUGGUGAGAUGGUAGGGCCUGCAGCUGUCCACACAGCCAUGCCUCCCGGCUCCACAGCAAGCCUUAGUCUCAUGUCCCUGUGUUUCCUAAGCUCAAUGCUGAGAGCCCAUGACAAGUCAGUGACAUUAGCACUGCUGGUCACUUCUUUCUGUGCAUCUGGGUCCCCAGACCACAAAGUAGGUACAUUGGUGCUUGUAGAUUGAAGGAAGGGUCUUUCCAAAGCCUUGAUCCCAACCUGGCUGCAAGGGAUUGGCAGGUGACACCCCCUCCCCUCCCCUCUCUAAAUCUCAAGUGACCUUGACAGUCAAUACCCCUUCCCUAUUGCAAUCCUAGAAUGUCCCCACCCCACCCCCGGUGCUGAAGGUCCCUGCCUUACUCCAAGUCUCAUACUGGACAAUCGGCUGUGUCUUUGGAAGUGUGAAAGAGUCAUGUUAGUGCAGACAGAUGUAUCUGGCAUGUGGGAAAGCUAGUGGGAGGCACGUUGGCAAGAGGAGUGUGCAUGUUUGGAGUUCCUGGGGCUUACCAUCCUUGCAUGGGGCGGAAGCUUCCAGAGAUGUCUUUUAGGUAGGUGUGCGAAGGCUGAGAGAGAGAGAGUUCGGAACAGGAAAGGAGUCAGUUCUUGGUGAUUGAAAACGAGAGGUUUGCAGGGAUCUUUGUUACUCACCAGCCAAGAGUCCAGCCAGAGAAAACUUGCUCACUGGGCCCCAUCCGGCUUCCAGUAUCAUUGUCUUAAGGAAGAGGUACUGCAAGUCAUACGCCAAUCUUUGGGUCUGUGGGCCCAGUCCCAUCCCGGAUUCCCCAUAGUUUUUGCCCAGUGCAUUUUGCCCCAUGCAGAGCUAGCCCAUCAAACCAUACAAAAUAGACACCACUGACCAAAAUAGGCCACACAGUAGGGACCCAAUACCUCCACACUAGACCCUAAAAGCCCAGGCCUAUCCAGGAGGCAGGUGACCUCAUUUGGACAUUUAUUCCCAAGGCUCCAGUGGAACCCACGGUUCCGAUUGCCGAGUCGGCCUCCCGUCUGCCGGUUGGGCCAGGUGAGCGCACCACCCUCCUGCGUGUGCUUCUACUGGGGCACAUUGCUUCUGAGUUUACUUCAAAGGGUACACAGUCGCCAUUCUUGGAUUUACAACUUGUCUCCUGCAACAGAGGGCAUGGGUGUCCCUACCAGUUACUGAGAGGCCUGGAAGGUAACUUGGAAGGCAGAAGCGAGCGGCUACUGCUACUGUGUGGUGAGAACGAGCACGUGGAUGUCACCGGGACUCCUAAAUCACAGGGGCUUCCUAGUGUCCACUCAUCCCCGCCCAGCUUACUGUGGUCAGCAGGAGCCCUUCCCCCAGCUUCUCCCCCUCCCUUCCCCUCCCCACCUCAGCGGAGGAACGGAGACAAGGACAUUGGAUGCAGUAGGGGUCCAUGAAGUGCUAACAUCUCCGGGAUCCUCAGUGGUGCUAACCUAUCUCCGUGUUUCUCAUAAUUCUAAUAGUGGAUUGUUUUUUAUAAACCUCAUCACAAACGCAGUAUCACCGGGGUAGGGACCCAGCCCCCCUUGACCUGCCCAUUUCCGGGUGUCCUUUAUCACUUUGGUGGGACUCUUUGAUCUGUAGAAAUGACCUGUCUUGGCAUGCUUCUAGACUUCAACAUUUGGAUUGUUUUGUUUCCUAUUUUGUUCGUGUUUACAGUCAUCUUGUAUUUCCCUAAAGACUAAAUAAAGUUUUUGGCCUUUUUAACUGAACAGA